UCGGGGUGGCCAUGGUGCUGCUGCUGCUGGUGGCCAUUCCGCUGCUGGUGCACAGCUCCCGCGGGCCGGCGCACUAUGAGAUGCUGGGUCGCUGCCGCAUGGUGUGCGACCCACACGGGCCUCGAGGCCCUGGACCCGACGGCGCGCCCUCCUCCGUGCCCCCCUUCCCUCCCGGCGCCAAGGGAGAGGUGGGCAGGCGCGGGAAGGCAGGUCUGCGAGGGCCACCGGGACCCCCAGGUCCCAGAGGGCCUCCAGGAGAGCCGGGCAGGCCAGGUCCACCAGGUCCUCCCGGCCCAGGCCCUGGCGGGGUGGCGCCCCCUGCCGGCUACGUGCCUCGAAUUGCCUUCUACGCGGGUCUGCGGCGGCCACACGAAGGUUAUGAGGUGCUGCGCUUCGACGACGUGGUGACCAACGUGGGAAACGCUUACGAGGCGGCCAGCGGCAAGUUCACCUGCCCCAUGCCAGGUGUCUACUUCUUCGCUUACCAUGUGCUCAUGCGCGGCGGUGACGGCACCAGCAUGUGGGCCGACCUGAUGAAGAAUGGACAGGUCCGGGCCAGCGCCAUUGCUCAGGACGCGGACCAGAACUACGACUACGCCAGCAACAGCGUCAUCCUGCACCUGGAUGUGGGCGAUGAAGUCUUCAUCAAGCUGGACGGCGGGAAGGUGCACGGCGGUAACACCAACAAGUACAGCACCUUCUCUGGCUUCAUCAUCUACCCGGAUUGAGCAGGGCCCCAUCCCCCGCGCCCCCGCUCGCCCUUCGCCUCCGCUCCCCUCCUCACCCACCUUCAGCCGGUCCCACCCAAGGCGCCAUCCUAUCCUUCGAGAGCCUGGCGGUGGGGCAGACCCUCCCGCUCCCGGAGGCGGCCGUGCUGGGCGGACUCUUGGCGCUCCGGGGACGCUCCGAGGUCUAAGUGGCCGGGGAGAGGAGGAAGCCGGGCUAAGGAGGAGCAGAGCGGCUCGGGAAGGGACCGCCGGCUUCGGAGUGCGCGCCCGUCAAAGCUGAUCCGAGAGGGGCGGAGGUCCGGCCCUCUCUUCUGCUAGGAGCUGGGAAACAGCUUCACCACCCAGAGCUGCAAGCAGAAAGGAAGCCCCGGCAUUUGGUGGUGGUGGUGUGUGUGCGGGGAUGGAGAGCAGAAACAGGAGCCCAUCUAGGUGGGAGGACAUGAAACGUUUGGAGGGGUCAGGCUCGUCCUCUGUCACAACUUUCUCUCCUUCCCUCAUCCCCAUUUUCAGGCUCCAGGCACCGGCCUUGGCAGCCUUCCUGUGAACUGGAGGAAGGAGUGAAUUCUUUCCUAGCAUUUAAAACUCAUUCUGUACAGUCCCCAUUUCACCCCCAUUCCACCUAGGCCCUGGGGCUACAGCUGCUGUUGCCUCUUCCAAUAAAGCAAAGUUGGAGAA